AUGGAUAACGAGAAGACAACAACCAGUCCAUCAAGCAUAGCAGGCUUGUCAAGCAAGAUAAUCGUCCGGGACGUUGGCGCAAUCGACGACCCAUCAGGGCAUGCCUCACAACUGAAGAAAGGUCUACUAUUCGUAUGCACACCAAUUGAAUUCGCCACUUCAACCGACAAGCGAUAUCUGCGAGUCGAUUUGGGGAUAAAGACCCUCGUCAACACACUUCGAGGGCCAGACAACACCCGAUAUGUCUUCGAUGGACCGGGGCUGGACAAGAAGAGCGAGAAUUUUUGCUUAGAAGAUGUUCUUGGGUUGAAGUCUUGCCUUGUGGUGCUUCGAUCUGAUGCAUUCAUCAAAAACGCCAUGAAUGAAAUGCCUUCAAAGUCCAGAUGGAAAUUCGAGAGAGACGCAGCAGUUACCAAAGAUCGUAAAGAUCCAGCAUUGCUGGAGAUAAGCAGGAAUCUGGUAUGGAAACGCAGUAAUCUUGACGACAACUCUUUGAUCCUCAUCUUGUCUGGACCGAUCAUAGGGAGAUUGUUCAACGAGGUGCUGUGUAAACCAGACUUCUACCCUCUUAUCAUCAGUGGCGACCGUAUCAUGCGAGACAACUCACUUUUGGUCUUUCUCUUGCUUCUAAUUCUCGACGUCCCUUUCUCGGCAAUCGAACACGUAUACUUACAACUCAGUGAGGGUCUUCCGUUCGUACUCGAUGAAGAGAGCAAUAAACAGUGGGAGAAAGAUGUGAGGUUCGAAGCUUCUGCUUGGGCGCAAGAUCGUUCGCGGUGGGCAAGGAUGCAGAGGCAGCGUUUGGAUGGCAGGUAUGGCUCUGUGUCGGCAUAUUUCACCACCAUUGGAGUGACUGAGGCAACGAGGAACAGCAUUAAGGAGAUCUUGCUUGCCGGUGAGAGUAAAGCUCUGAUCGACUUCUCAUAG